AGUCCGAACCGUGACCUGUACGAGCGACAACUGGUGCAUGACGUUGACGAAUUCGCAACGCAGUACAAUUUGGACGACCUCCGAGAUGUCAUUCGCAAAGGGGCUUUCUUAUCAUCCGACGGUGUGGAUAUCGAUCGCAUAGAUGGAUUGACGGCCGAGGAGGUGAUUAUCCUGGGUAAGGAGAAGUCGAAGAAGUUGGAGCACGAUGUCGGUCAUAACCGAGUGCUUUUGUGCGCCUAUCUAUCAGGCUUUGUACUUGGAAGGAAUAUGUAUUCACUUACUUUUCCCUCGACUUACAGUGAUGCUGCCACUGGAUGGUAUUGGGACAACUCAUCGAACCUCGACCAUGGUAAUCAUUUAUUGGGCAGUGCACCACUUAUUUCUAGCUCACUCCUCGGAUGCUGGUGUACGGCGGUAUUCAGCCGUUUCUAUGGCCGGCGAUGGGGCGUAUUCACCUCCGGCAUCAUCUUGUUUGUUUCUCUACUGGGUGAAGUACUAUCCACCACAUGGGAGUCGAAACUGCUGUGUCGCCUGCUUCUGGGAUUUGCAGUUGGGAUUCAGGCAUGCACCAUCCCGAUAUACCUGGUAGAAGUCAGUCGGUCUCAUGAGCGUGGAACCACGCUUUCGAGCAUGUCAAUGGCGACCGGAAUGGGAUAUUUUAUGGCAGCCUCAGCUUUGCUUUGUCGGAUGGGGGAUUCCCCAGAGGUGGGGGGAAUGAUAUGGGUUAUCUUCAACCUGGUAAGCGCAGGAAUUCUUCCAUUUCCGAUUUUGAUGUGCCCCGAAUCACCUCGCUGGUAUACCGCCCGUGGCCAGAUGAAAAACGCAUACCAGUCUCUACGGAUCAUAGCCGGGGCAGAUAUAUUGGCUGCACGGGACCUGUGGAGAAUCCAUCUACAGAUGAAGUUGGAAACGCAGAACUUCGGUCACAGAAACCUUCCCACUCGCUUUAUGCAUAUUUUCGCAGUGCCCUGGAUCAGACGGGCGACAAUGGCCUCUGUGGUGGUCAUGCUGUCCUCCAGUUUGUCUGGCAUUGCAGUGGUCAGCAGUACAUUCCACCUGUUGCGAUCCGAGGCUGGUGAGCAAUCUAUCUAUAAUGCUAUGUUAUUAAUUUCCAACCCCGCCGUAAUCAUGUUCGGGGGGGCCACUGGCGUAUAUUUGAUGGACAAAUGGGGAAGACGGCGUCUGCUCCUCGUGAGCCUUCUUGUGCUGCCUUUCCUCCUAGUUCUCAUCGGCCACCAGUUUUACUCCCUAGGGCUGGAGAUGAGUAUCUAUUUCUGCAUAGCAUUCGAAUUUAUCUGGGCACUUGGAGCAGAUGCAACCCGCUUGGUGUACCCGGCUGAGGUGUUUCCUAUCUAUCAUCGUGGUGAGUCUCUCCAUGGUUACCUUAUAUAUGGAGCUGACAAGAUAGAACUCGGCAUGGCCCUAUCAGUCUGCAUUUUCUAUGUGACUCAGGGAGUAAUGAAAGUUAUCGUCCUCUCUGAACCACAUACUGUAUUCGUCGCCUCUAUCUUGUUCUUCCUCGCCUUUCUCUUUGUGAGAGAAACUAACCAGAUAGGACUAGAGGACAUGCACACAGUAUUCGAGGUGUCUAACCGCAAGCUGGUUCGGUAUCGUCUUUUCAAGGUCAUCCCUUAUAUGUUUAAACGAUACAUCUUGCGCAGAAAAGUUCGACUUGAAAAGCUAGAAGACCACCGGGACUAUGAGAACAGAAUAUUCUAUACUGAUGGCAAUGACGCUAUAUCUGAUGUGGCUUGA